CCCAACAACAAACUUGGAAUCUAAGGAGCUGUGCUUGGUAUCCAGGAAGUGAGAUCAGUGGCAGUUCGUGUAGUUGUGGGUCCAAGAUCGAAAAUAGCCGAGUUCUUUCCAAAAAAAAAAAAAAAAAAAAAAAUUCCCCUAAAAAACUGGGGUGGUUUAAGACCUACAUUUUUAAAAGAAAUGGAUACAGAGUUAAAAAAAGAGCUUUAAAUAUUUUGUAUGGUAUAACCAUGCAAACAUAGAAACUAAAAUUGGGUAGGCCUUUAAACGAUGUUCAUAGACAUGUUAUUAUUCUGCUUCGUUUAGGAGGAAAGACGGAAGAAGCGAAAUAAUAAUAAAAAAAACAAAAAUCUGUAAAAGCUAAAAAUGGAGAGAGUAACCAGCAGAGAAGAGAAGAGGGGAGAGAGGCAGGGAGAAGCUGAGGGAUUAGGAAAUACACCUGGUUACAAACGGAUGUAAAUUAAAGAUUUAAAAAAAAAAGAAGCAAAACUGUUACUUCUAAUAACGAAACCACGCCAGACUAGAAAAUGGCACUACGGUAACCAUGCCCGUUUGGACCAGCGACCCAAUCGUUACGUGAUGGGCUGCGGGGCGACUAAAGUACUUCCUGAGCCGCCCAAGGAUGUCCAGCUGGACCUGGUCAAGAAGGUGGAGCCCUACACCGGCCAGACAACUGACAAGUACAAGCACUUCAUCAAGGACGAUAACAGCGGGGGCAAGGCUGUUGACAAGAUGGGCUCUCCCUCCCCGCCACAGGCCACCAACAACCCCAACCCUGGGGGACUGGUCAAUGGCCACCCAGACCCUGGCGACCCCAGAAGGAACAAGGUGGCCAAGUACCGGGCCAAGUUCGACUCUCGGGUCACGGCCAAGUACGAUAUCAAAGCCCUGAUCGGCCGUGGGAGCUUCAGCAGGGUGGUGCGGGUGGAGCACAAGAGCACCAAGCAGCCGUACGCCAUCAAGAUGAUCGAGACCAGGUACAGGGAGGGCCGGGAGGUGUGCGAGUCGGAGCUCAAUGUGCUCCGCAGGGUGCGGCACACCAACAUCAUCCAGCUCAUCGAGGUGUUCGAGACACAGGAGCGCGUCUACAUGGUGAUGGAGCUGGCCACUGGCGGGGAGCUGUUCGACCGCAUCAUUGCCAAGGGCUCCUUCACCGAGCGGGAUGCCACACGAGUCCUGCAGAUGGUCCUGGAUGGGGUGAAGUACCUGCACACCUUGGGGAUCACGCACCGCGACUUGAAACCAGAGAACCUGCUCUACUACCACCCGGGCAGCGACUCCAAAAUCAUGAUCACGGACUUCGGUCUGGCCAGCACCCGUAAAAAAGGGGAUGAGUGUCUUAUGAAAACGACUUGCGGCACACCUGAGUAUAUUGCCCCCGAGAUCCUUGUGCGGAAGCCGUACACUAACGCUGUGGAUAUGUGGGCGCUAGGGGUGAUCUCUUAUAUAUUGCUUAGUGGGACCAUGCCAUUUGAAGAUGAUAAUAGGACACGGCUGUACAGGCAGAUAUUGAAGGGAAAAUACAGUUACUCAGGGGAGCCCUGGCCGAGUGUUUCCAACCUUGCCAAGGACUUUGUUGACCGUGUGGUUACUGUCGACCCCAACGAGCGGAUGACAGCCGGCCAAGCCUUGAAGCACCCCUGGAUUGUGACCAUGGCUGCCUCCUCUUCUCUGAAGAACCUGCACCGCUCCAUUUCCCAGAACCUCCUGAAGAGGGCGUCGUCUCGCUGCCAGAGCACCAAGUCUGCCCAGUCCACACGCUCCAGCCGCUCCACCAAAUCCAACAAGUCAAGGCGUGUGCGGGAGCGCGAACUGCGGGAACUCAACCUACGCUACCAGCAGCAGUGAGAGGGAGGGCU